UUUGGAGCAAAAGGAAGCUACCCAAACCUCAAUCCUUCUAUUUGUGUUAAAGAAGGCGCUGCCAAUAAGGGACAGGUCGAGCAGCAGGAAUCAAAGAGGGAGAACGAGAUUACAGCAGAGAGAACGAGUGACUCCUGCAUAUAUGAACACCAGGAGCAAGAACCAACAAAAAAUUUGAUUAGUCAUGGAUCAUUCCAAGUGGCCUUAAGUGACAAAAUGCAGUUCCCUUCAUUUCUUCGUACUGUACCCAAUUAUCUUUUCCCAAAUAGUGGUGUAGCUAAGCUACUUUGGUACUUUGGAUGGAAAUGGGUAGUAAUAAUAACUAUAGACAAUGAAACAGGUGAGUUUGGUGGCCAGCACUUAAAAAUGGAAAUUUUAAGAUUGGGAGCAUGUGUAGAACUUAUGGAAAGAGUUCAUGCUCAGCAUUCAAACGAAAGGCUGUUGAAAACUGUUGAAUUAGUCAAAAAAUCUACAGCAAACGUUAUCCUUAUAAACAGUGAUGAAAUACAUGCCAAAGCAUUCCUUGAGGCCCUUUAUUUACACAACGUUACUGGGAGAGUGUUAUUAUUCACAGCUGCAUUUACCAUCACUCCAGGUCUUCUGUCAAACGAAGCAAGAAUAAUAAUGAAUAACACAUUAGGACUUAUUCCCUUUUCAGGAACCAUGGCAGGAUUUAAAGACUUCCUCCAAGGACUGAACCCUUCAACAUCUACUGCUGAUAUUUUUAUCAAACCAUACUGGGAGAAAGUGUUUGCAUGUAAGUGGCAGGCGAACACAAGUUUUGCUUCAACUACCCCACAUGAGAUGAAUAAUGAGAAAGUAGUCUGCACAGGCAUGGAAAUGAUAGAUGAAACAAUCAUUGAUUAUUUUGAAUUAAAUGAUCUCAGUUACACCUACCAUGCUUAUCUUGCAGUUUAUGGCUAUGCGUCUUCACUGGGCAACAUAAUGUUGUGCCAGUCUAGAAAUGAAUCAUUUACAUAUGGUUGCAGAUCUAAAAUUAAACGCAUUCAGCCAUGGCAGGUAUAG